AUGGUUCGCAUCUCAGCCGUCGCUAUCCUGGCCUUCGCCGCUUCUGCCAUUGCCGCUCCUCAGGCUCCUUCCGCACCUGCCUCUGCGCCUGCUGCGGCUCCAACUCCUAUCCCAGUCACUGACUUCAACGGCAAGCCUGUGUCCAAGGAAAUCUCGGACCAGGUCCUCGCAAUGGAGAAGGAGAUUGAUGCCAAAUCCGAGGAGCUGUUCAAGUCGUUCACUGAGCCGCAGAAGAAGUUGGAUAAGGAAAUGGCAGAUAUAUCUAACAAGAUUGGUGAUUUGUUGGGCGUGCCUAAGGAUGUCAAGGCGCGUUCCGUCAAGAAGCUUGUCAUGUCUUAG